AGCACGUAUAAAACACUACCAUGGGGUUCCUCAAUUCUCCUCAUCUUCAAAUUCCAGAUUCCGACUUCAAUUCUCACACGUUUCAGCUUCAAUCGGAUAUAAGAUUACCAGAUAGAGAUUCGAUUCAAGUCAACCUUGGUUCAAUCGCAUUAGAAGAUGAGAUCGCCGUCGAAAUCCGUAACAAAAAGAGUAAGAGAUGCUGAAGCUGAGUUGAAUUUGCCUCCCGGUUUCCGAUUUCACCCAACAGACGAGGAGCUCAUUGUUCAUUAUCUCUGCCGCAAGUCCCAAUCGACGGCGGAAUUCGUUGGUGUCGCUUCACCACCGUCAAUCAUCGCCGAUGUCGAUCUCUACAAACACGAUCCAUGGGAGCUUCCUGAAAUGGCUCUGUUUGGAACAAAUGAAUGGUACUUCUUCACACCAAGAGACAGGAAAUACCCUAACGGAUCAAGACCAAACCGGGUCACGAGAAACGGGUACUGGAAGGCUACCGGAGCUGAUAAGCCCAUAAAACGAAAAUCCGAUCCGAAUACAAUCGUUGGGAUCAAGAAAGCUUUGGUUUUUUACGCAGGAAAAGGGACUAAAGGGAUCAAGACGAAUUGGAUCAUGCAUGAAUAUAGACCAAAUCCUACACCUUCUAAUCACACCAAAUCCCAUUCAACCAUUUCCAAGUUGGAUGAUUGGGUUUUGUGUCGUCUUUACAACAAAAAGAACAAUCCGUUAGAGAAGAUCAUACCAGAAGACAAUAAGUUGCAUCAUAGCUGUGAUCUUCAUCCUGCAUCACCAUUAGAUGAAUCACAAAGUAACAACAGCGAUAGUAAUCAUAGUAUGAAUUCAAUUGAAGAUUCAGAAGGUGAUUUUGGUGGUAACUUUGAAGGUGAUGUCAUGUUCUUAAGCGACUUGCCACGUGGAUAUUUGACCAAAGUCAAAGGUACAAGCGAGCAAAGCAGCAUAGAAGAAAUGGAAAAAUUGAUGCAAAGAGGUGAUGAUGGGAAUGAGUGGCUUGACAGCUUGAGUUUGGAAGAUUUGAAUCAUUGGUUGGAAGUAAUGCCUCCUAAUCAUGAUGUUUAUCAAACGCCAAUCAUUUAUAACUCAAAUCAACAGUAUUUUUUGAAUUAGUGUUUUGACUAUUUUAGGAAUUUUUAAGUAUUCCAGUAUUUAGAUAAGAUGUAAAAUUUUGCAGAUGUAUCAUGUAAGUAGUUGAGUUACGUUUUUUUUUUUUGGUAUCAAAAUUUUUAUCCAAUAAAUUCUUUUCAUACAAAUCCUGGACUUCUUCUCGCUGUUA